AGUUAUUGGAUUUAUGGGAAACUUAAAAUUAUCUUUGUCUUCUCAGGUUUUUCCAGGCAAGAUAAACACACUCUUCAAUCAAGCAGACUGUCACACGGUCCCCACAGCUGCUUUCCUUGUGGCAAUCCUGAUGCUCCUCAACAGAGUGCUCUCCUUCCAGUGAUAUCUGGAAAGGUGAUAUGCUCUUCAGAAGCCCUCUGCAUAAAACUGUUCUCACCACAUGAAGGCUAUGAGCAGUUACUCCAGAAAGAGUUGAACUCACCUUGCAAAGGAACGCUGGUCGUCUCUAAGAGCUGGGUUUUGGAUCUGGGCUUGCAAGAGAAGCAGGAAGUCAUCUUGGAUGUGCUUCAUAUUUCCCAGGACAGUCUCCUGACCCUGCAUGGCUUUGUCCGGGGAGAUGAGGACCUGGAGGACAACAGUACUCUUCUGAGUGAACUAGGCGCUGAAUUAAUUAUAAAUUAUUAUAAACAAACUGCCCUAACAUUAAAGCAGACGUUGGUAAACCGCGGUGGUUACACUGGGAAAAUAGGUAUCAUAGUCAAGAUAACGUACUUGGGUCAUAAGGCAGUGUGUCUUUAUGAUUCAAGCUCAGAAAUCCGUUACCCCAGAAACUAUUAUCUCACAAGCAAGGCAGUAAGGGACGUAGAGAAAGCUCUUGAUGAAAUC